GCCCGACCCCGAAGCCACGCUCAGCCCUCCGACGUGGAAUCGCCGGCACGGCUGCAGCGCUGACGCUGCUGGCCGUGGCCUCCUGGCACUUUUCUCCCCGGGUCGAAAAGCGAAGCAGCGGACUGGGAGGCCUCCUCGAAGAGUUCCAGCUUCUGGAUGCUUGGCAGAUGCUCUCAGGCGGCAACCCCUUCAAGUACAUCUGUCCGAUGACGGUGUUCCAACGUAUGGCAGCAGUCGCACUCGUAGGGAAGGCCGCAGAGGGUGACUGCUGUACAACCUACGACUCGGUUCCCAUGCUUUGGCCCUACCAGUACCCGGAGUGCGGGAAGUCGCACUGCCCUUCCUGCUGGCGGGCCGAUGGUGACUUGGCCUCCUCUGACGUGGCCAGCUACGCUGCACUGAGCUUCGCCGCAUCCCUGGCGGUGAGCAGCCCGAAGGUGCUCCUACCCGAAGCACCGGAAGAGGCCCGGCGGCUGGAUGACGUCACAAGGCACGCUGGCAUCGCCUCCAAGCAGAUGCUGGCACGAGCCAAGCACGGAAUGCGUGAGCGGGUGGUGAACCUUUGCCCACGCAUCUCCGACUGGGAGGAAUACUUCCUCAAUGACGAUGCAGAGAACGUCCACGCGCGUGUUUACAAAUCUGCCAGCGCACAGGUCGCAGUGGUGUCCUUCCGUGGCACGCAGGCCAAGUCAGCCCAGAACUGGGAGAUUGACUCGGACAUCAACAUGCUGAACGUCCAGCUGGGGGCUCCGGGGCCUCACGGCCCAGCGCCCUCCGAGGUGAACAUCCACGAGGGCUUCUAUUUGGAGCUCCAGCGCGUGCUGCCUCAUGUGAGGAAGUGGGUGGAAGGCUACAUCGAAGGGACGCAGGGUCUGUUUGGCAUCCCCAGCUAUUGGAAGCUCGUCUUCACGGGACACAGCCUCGGUGCUGCCCUGGCGAUCCUGGCCGCCACAAUGGCCGAGGCCGAAUCCUGGCCUCGCCUGCCCGACGCGGUCAUCGCUUUUGCUGCGCCUCGUGUCGGGGACAAAGGGCUAAGUCAGUGGUGGGAGUCCAGAGACCUCUGCAAGAAGCUGCUGCGUGUGUCCGUCUACAACGAUGUGAUCACCUACAUGCCGUUCAUGGAGCCCUUGCAGCUGAUGGACACCUUCAACUACUGCUUUCAGAAUGUGAUCCAGUGCCUGGGUCAGCUGGCGAGCGGGCCGAAAGCCUUGCACCCAAGUGAGAGGUGGACCCACGUUUGCCCUUCCAGUGAGCUCUAUGUCCCUGGAGCCAUGAAGGGGGUAAACUCAAAGAUGGAGGAUUUCUCACUGAUGGGCGGGGCCCUUGCCCACUUCAUCGGCAACGCUCUCUUCGGCUACUCCUUUGGAGUUCUGAACAGCGACAUCCCCAGGCACGAUGCCUACUGCGGGCUGCGAAAGGAGCUGCUGCCGGCGGCAAGCUGCACCACCAUGGAGGAGCUCGAUGAGGUUGUAUGUUUUGGCUUGGCCCACGAUGUCAACGCAACAUCCGCGGCGCACUGCCGACAGAACUGCUGCGACGAUGAGUACUGCAGCGUCUGGCAGGUCAUGAGGAACAAUCAAUGCUGGCGCGGCCGCAGCCACCACUGCACUGCGCUCCAUCCCUAUGCUGCAGAGGUGGCAUCCGGACAGCGCUUGCACUGA